CUCCUCCGACGACGGCGAUUCUCUCCCCACCAGAUCGGAAGCCACUUCUUCCCCUGAAUUCUAGGCUUCUCCUUCUUCUUCUUCUUCUUCUUCUUCCAAUUUCUCUCGUUCGAUCCGAUUUCGAAUUGUUCAUCGUCUUCCGGUAAUCUCAGAGAUUCCGCCGUUUCUGGUGCAUGCCCCGUUCGGGUCCCGUCGAUCUCGGCUUCGUCGCGAUUGGUUGGCGGGCGCGGUUGCCGGAGCCGCUGAGGAGCGGUUUUUGCGGAGCUUUCGGUUCGGUGAGGCUGCGGCGGUGCUGGGGGCGGCGGUCUGAGGGGGGAAUGGGGAUUGGGGGGUUGGUGGUUUUGAAUGUGCCUCGUUAGGGUUCGCGGAUUCGUCGGUUUCGGAUGGCCUCUGCCCAGGUACUGCCGAGCUCGCGGAAGCAGGAGCAUCUGGAAGCUGGCAAGCGCCGGCUAGAAGAAUUCCGCAAGAAAAAGGCUGCAGAUCGAGCGAAAAAGGCCGCUAGUAACCAAAUUAAUGCUUCUGAUGGUGGCCCUAAUGAGAAAAAAUCACUAGAUGCUGAAGUUGUGCGACUUGCAGAUUCUGACGCUGUCAGAUCGUCUAAUAUACCUGGUGGAGUCGAUAAUCAACCUUUUGCUGCAGAGAAUAACGAUGAUGUAAAACCAUUUCAGUUUUCCCAGAGAAGCAGGGAAAGUUCUGUCAGCGACGUUCAUUCCUUACCGGAGUUUUCGGUGGGUGUAAAUGAUGCAUUCUCUAACUAUCCAGCACAAACAAUGGGAGAAUACCAAGAACGUGAGGGCUAUGGAGGCUUGGCGUCUAAUGGACCGAUUGGCUAUAACUACGGCCAAGAGAAUAAUCACAUGAAAAGUGAUUAUGGAAUGUAUGCUGCAACUUCUGGGUUUACAUCUGACCAGUCUGAUGCUUUAUUCACACAAGCCAGUCAGGAGAUUGGUCGCAGUUCUGGCCGCUCUAGUUUCCAUGGGAAGGAAGAAUCCCUGAUGAAAGAAAAUAGUGGGAGCUCAAAUGAAUUUUUAUUUGCAAAUCCUGGUUCUUCUGUUGUAGCAAAUAGCUCUCCCCAGAAUUCAGGCAGCUUUGUUUCACCAAAUAAUCCCAGUAAUGCCAACAUAUUGCCUGCUGCACACACAAGUUCAAUAUACAAUGAAGACUCUGUGCAACCAGCUACCAACACGAAAUGGUCUCCUGCUGGGAGUGGGUUGAGAGUGUUUGAUACGGCACGCUUCACUGGUUCUAAGGCAUCUGAUUUUCAAGAAAGGAAACUUGGUAGCAUCUUCAACGAGUUGCCUAGUACACAAAGUGCAACUUCUCAGAUAUCUGGCCAUUCUUCAUCUGAUUUCAAUUCGGAUUUAAAUAGUUCCUCAAACACUUUUUCUCUAUAUUCGACAGUUAGUGAAUCACAUCCACAAAGAUCGCGCCCGUCCUUUCUUGAUUCUCUUAAUGUAACUAGAUCUUCACCAUCACUUCCUUCCAAAAGCGUUGAACCGGAGGAGCCUGUCAUGAGAAAUAGCUUAAAUUUUGGCAGUAUUGAUGCUGGAAAUUCAAACCCUUUCCGUCAUACAAAUGAUGGGAAUGUAGGGCCUUUCUCCAAACCGAGAACAUCGCCUGGACCUGAUGUACCGAUGCAUUCCAUUAGUUCUUCACCUUUUGCAUUUAAUUUAGAAAGCCGUACUGGUGAGCAAAGCAUCGAGAGCAAGCCCGAGUUUUAUACCUCUAAACAGAAUGAAGAUUUUGCUGCAUUGGAACAGCAUAUUGAAGAUUUGACACAAGAAAAAUUUUCCUUGCAACGAGCUCUCGAGGCUUCAAGGGCUUUGGCGGAGUCCUUAGCAGCCGACAAUUCUUCUUUGACAGACAGUUACAACCAACAGAGAAGUGUUGUCAACCAACUAAAAGCUGAUAUGGAACAGUUACAGGAGGAGAUUAAUGCACGACUGGUGGAGCUUGAGGCUAUCAAACAUGAAUAUACCAAUGCACAAUUAGAAUGUAAUGCAGCUGAUGAACGGGCCAAACUAUUGGCUUCCGAAGUUAUUGGCUUAGAAGAGAAGGCUCUCAGGUUGAGGUCCAGUGAGUUAAAGCUGGAAAGGCAAUUGGAAAAUUUACAAGCAGAAAUUUCUACCUACAAAAAGAAAGUAUCUAGCCUAGAAAAAGAUCGUCAGGACCUCCAGUCCACCGUUAGUGCUCUUCAAGAAGAAAAGAAGCUUUUGCAGUCAAAGUUACGGAAAGCUGCAGCUGGUAGGGUUUCUGGUGAUUUAAGCAAGAGCGUUGCCAGUAGAAAAGAUAUAUCCACCUCAACCGAUGACCUUGAUGUUAUCUCAGAAAGUCCCAUCCAGCAUACAGAACAUGACAGGUCUCUCUCUGGCUUUGAUACAUCUAGUUCCCUGUUGUCUGAAGAUGUUCAGUUAAAUAUCGAAGCUUCGUCUGUAUAUAUACCUGCUGAUCAGAUGAGAAUGAUCGUAAACAUCAAUACAGUAAUAUCAGAGUUAGCAUUAGAGAAAGAAGAGUUACUGAAGGCAUUGGCGUCUGAAACAUCUGAAAAUACCAAACUUAAGGCCUUGAAUGAAGAGUUAUCUCGCAAACUCGAAAUCCAGACUCAGAGAUUAGAACUUUUGACUGCUCAGAGCAUGGUCCAUGACAACCUGCCAUCAACCAAACUACCUGAUUUUCACAAUAUGCAAGAGAAUACUGCAUAUGCAGAUGAGGGCGAUGAGGUGGUCGAGAGGGUGUUGGGAUGGAUAAUGAAGCUUUUCCCUGGGGGGCCUUCAAGAAGAAGAACCAGCAAGCUCCUUUGAUAACUGGAUGCGAGGAUCCCUUUGAUGACGAAACUGUAGGAACCCGAGCAGCGUCUCUCUUUUGGCAAUUCAUCGCAGGCCGUUUUCUGUAUAUCCGAGUCGUUAAUACAAUCCAUUCUUUAUGGUGAGCAAAAGGCCUUCCAAAUAGCUAGGCCAAUUCGGUUUUCAUUUAAUUUGUUUUUUCUUUUGGGCAUAGGUCAAGAGAGAAAUUCUUUCUUUGUGCUCUGUUGGGAUAUCAAAAUUUUGGUGGGAGAAAGCAUUGGGCAUGGAAACAUUGAAUGGGGAUAUAGAGUCAAAACUGGGAAUAAUGUAUCAAUUCUGUUGUCUUAUAAUAGUCUGCAGCCCAUUUUUGCGACAUGUGGGUUGUAUAGCUUUGGGGUCAAAAUUUCAGGAAAUGAGAUAUGAAGUUUGCCGGAGAUCUGCAGAUAUCUCUCUUUUAUUGUA